GUCGGCUCAUACUUGUUCGACUCGAGUGCACAGCAGCAAGCACGCGGCGGGACUUGCGGGAUAUAGCGUCGGUCCAGAGCAGGAGCAGCGAGUUUGCACCUCGACCUACCUCCACGUCAACUUUGACAACCGCGACAAACACUUUCCCUUCGCCAUCGGCCGAUCCGAAGCCAUAACAACAGGCCACAUACGGCGCAGUACCGCUCCCCCAUCGCACAUCUCCCCUCCCGAUUCCGAUUACACCCACCCAAGACCUCGGGAUGCCGCCUGUCACCGAGGAGCCCAAGAAGAAGCGUCGGCGCCGCGUCGCCGCACUCACCUGCGAGCAGUGCACGAGGCGCAAACAACGCUGCAACAAGGAGAUCCCAUGCAACCACUGCGUGCAGCGCGGGAUCGCGGACCAGUGUACGCUUUACAUCCCGAGAUGGUCUAGCAGUCCCGAGCCGGCGCCGAGACGGACGCCAGAGCGCGCCGCCGCGAGAGACAUGCCCCCUGCACCUCCCGCGCCUGUCGACGCUGUCGCUGUCGUCGAGGCGCCGAUCAUGCCGGUUGUGCCGCUGCGCUCUCCACCACCUGCCGACUCUGAAGCCGCGUUCCGCGACGAGAUGCGCGCGCGCAUGACGCGGCUCGAGGAGCUGAUCCUCGCGUCUAGCGCCCCCGCGGCGGGCCUGUCCCUCCUCUCUGGGCUGAGCGACAUCGAGCGCGUGCCGGGCAUCCCGCACGCGCACGCCGCGAAGCGGGCCAAGGUCGGCCCGCCGCCUAUCCCCGAGCGCCUGAAGGAGGUGUGCGCGACCAGCGGCGUGUCGCCAGAGACGUUUACCCAGCUCAUUGCCGAGCUGCCGGACCAAGGGUACGCGUCGCGCAUCGUCGUGCAUUACUUCAAGUACAUCAACCCCCUGCGCUACCCCAUCCUCGAGAACAAGUUCUGGUACCCCAUGGACGACCUAUACGACAAGCAGGCGACAGCGAGCGACGACCUCGAGAGCUUGCGGCAUCUGCCCCUCGUGUUCAUCGUGCUCGCGAUCGGCGUGCUGCUCGCGCCCGAGUCGGUCGCGGGGAGCGACAAGCACCGCCGGGCGGAGAGCCUGCGGCUGUACUGGUGCUCCCGCCGCGCCAACCUUUUCACGGCCUCCAUCCAGCCCGAGAGCGUCGAACUCGCCCUCGCCGGCCUCCUGGCAGGCAUGUACCCCUUGCUCGGGCACGACCGGCCGUUGGUCGAGGGCUGGUCCCUGCUCGGCGCGAGCGUCCGUACCGCGAUGGCGGUGGGGCUGCACCGCGACGGGGAGAAGAUGGGCCUCGGGCCCUUCGAGGCAGAGUACCGCCGCCGCAUUUGGGGAUACUUUAUGCACGCGGACCGGCACUACUCGCUCAUCCUGGGCCGGCCGAGUGCGAUCCCCGAGCCGUGCUGGAUCUGCGACGCGUGCGAGCCGAAGAAUGUCGACCUGGAGACCAUUCUCCCCAGCCAGAAGAUUCUCGACCGGCCAAUGGACGAACCGACGUCCACGACGUUCCUUAUCCUCCAGCGACGGCUGGCGCAGAUCGACGGACUGAUCUGUAACUUGCAUCAGAAGCUCAACGAGGUGCCGACCUUCGAGGAGGUGGAGGAGCUCGACGCCAAGAUUGGCCGCUUCAUCGACUCGCUCCCACCUGCGUUUAGGAUCGAGGACGCAGAUACGAGCCACGACGUGCUUCGCCCAUACUUGCCUGUCCAGCGGCACGCCCUCGGUACGGAGAUUGCGUUCGCGCGCAUCUUGCUGCACCGGCCAUGGCUGCUUCGCAAGGCCGAUAACGACAACUUCUUGCUGUCUCGCAAGGCGUGCUUCGAGUCGGCCAAGCUUGAUUUCAGGCUGCGCAAGGCGUUCGCCAAGCGUGAUCCCAGCGCGCACAAGCAGUUCUUCGCGGCGCAGUUUGUGGAAUUCAACUCCGCAGUGGUGGCUGGUAUUGCCGCAGUGACGCAGCCCAACGCGGCUGACGCCGACGAGUUCCGCAUGAUCCUCCGAUGCUUCCUGGAGCACCACCCGCUCGACAACAAAGCGCUGCAGACACCGUCGUCGCAGAAGGAGGUGGCAAUCAUCACGGCGCUCUACAACCGCAGCUUGCAGGUGGCGGCGGGCAACGCGUCCUGGCCGACCACGGACCAGAUCAAGAAGAACCCCAUGCUGAGCGACACGCCGAGCGCGUCGCCCGUCGCCAUGAUGGUGGGCAACGGCGUCGCAGGACUGCCGACCCCGCCGUCGUGCAGCGAAGAAACAGUCACAAAUCUCCUCGGCAAGGACAUCUACACGACCAUGCUCAACCUCGGCGUCGUGAGCGCGCCGUCGGCGCCACUGAGCCGCGUCGACACGGCCUCGCCGAGCGUCACGGUCGACUCGUCGUCCCGAAGCGGCGGCACAAUCUUCACGCCGCCGUCCAACAUGGACUGGAUGGACACGGGCGUGCUCUUCCCCGACACCAACAUGGACAUGGGGGCGGCGCUGGAGGAGCUCGGCCUGCCACCACAGCGCGGGCCUGGAAACUUGAUUGUGGACCCCAAUCCGUUGAUGAGAUGGGCUAAUUCUGAAUACUACCAGUAGCAUUUGUUGUACUAUAAGAUGAUACAAG